AUGGCACCCAUCACGCUUGGCUUGCUUUGCCUCGUGGCAACCCUGGUUGACGGAAGUUCAAGACUUCUUGCGCCAGCUCAGGACAUCUAUCUACCGGCCAGCAAGACUGCCAAGCACCCACUGGAACACCUGGGCGCGAACGGACCCUGGUUCGCAGGACCCGAUGUCAAUGGCAUAUCAUCCAAAAUUCCAGAAAACUGCUACGUUGACCAAACAGCGUACAUUUCUCGGCAUGGAUCAAGAUAUCCCGAUCCCGGCGCGUACAAUGGUUGGGUUUCGAUGCAGGAACGAUUCCAAGCUGGGAACUACACUGUUUCUGGCAGUUUGAGCUUUCUUCCGCGAUGGAAACCGGUUCUGACGAAUCCAUCAUCUCAAAUCGCGAACUUGAGUCCGACGGGCUACAAAGAGGCUCACGAUCUCGGAUACACCUUGAGAACUAGAUAUCCUGAUUUAUACACCGAAGGCGAAGACUUUAUGGUCUGGGCCAACAACUAUUCUCGAGUUUUACAGACUGCAAAGUUAUUUGUUCGCGGUUUUCUGGGAACGAAUGCCACUUUGCUCGGAGAUGUUGUUUCCGUCACAUCUCGAGGAUUUGUCGCUGGCAUUGGCGACUCAUUGGCACCUUCCGACAUGUGUCCCGCUUUUCAAGACACGGAGGGAGGUGACUAUGUGACUGCGUGGAACGACGUCUACAUCCCUCCGAUUCUGGCUCGCCUACAAGCACUCAUCAAGGGAAACCUCACGCUUACACAAAGUGACGUGUCGCAAAUCCCCUACCUCUGCGGUUUCGAAAGUCAGAUUACCGGCCGACUCUCACCUUGGUGUGACAUCUUUUCCGAUGACGAAUUCCUCCAGUAUGAGUACUUCCAGGACUUGCGCUACUACUACGGAGUUGGUAUCGGUACCGAUAUCCCCAAGACCAUGAUGACGCCUUACCUGAAUGCCUUGAUGGACAUUUUCGCCCAAGGCCCCUCGGUAACCGGUAAACGCGAAGACGGGAGCGCCUUCAAUUUGCCGAAGAUUCUCGUGUCAUUCCUCAACGACGGACAGCUCAAUGAAUUGGUGGCCGCUUCCGGGGUGUUCGAAGAGCAACAGCCUCUGUCCAAUACGCAAAAGGAUGAUGGCCGCCUCUUCGUCACCUCUCGCUUCACCACAAUGCGAGGAACUAUUGCUUUUGAGAGACUGAACUGCGCGAAGCCUGCAAAUGGUAGAAAUGGCAACUCCACCAGUGUUUCUCAGCGUUCUCGACCGAACAGGAAAUCAAGUUGUACACAACCCUCACCCCCGAAUCAUGGGUCUCAGAAUUCCACGUACAUUCGCAUCCGUCUUAAUGAUGCUGUCUACCCGAUCCCUAACUGCAUUAGUGGACCUGGCUCUUCAUGUCCACUGGAGGACUACAAGCAAUAUGUCGCUACGAAGCUUGAGACCCAGGGUAAUUGGAUUCAGAAUUGCAAGGUUACCACGCCGGGGGCACCAACACAGGUGAAAGGUGCAAGUUUCUACACAGAUCUUAGUAGUCCUUGGUUAAGCCAUGUUGCUCCUUAA